AUUUACAAUUAAAAAGAUGCUUGGUGACGAUACUCCCGAUCUGUUUAAUGUGUUUAGUGGUGAAGCAAUUAAUGAUAAUUUUGACGAUGUUAUUGAAGAAGAUGAUUAUACUGACGAGGAAGGACAAAUUCAUCCUGUAAAACGUGCCACUUCUGAAGAAUUAGAAAAAGAAAUCAAGAAGCAAAAGAUUGAUGUAGACUCUGAAGAAGUCCAAAAAUUUAGAGAGGAUGUUGCAAAGCAAGCUGUACCAGUAGUUGCAGAUAGUUUUGAGGAAGAGACCUCACGAGCGGUAGCCAACAUUGCAGGUCUUCAAAAUGCACCUGCUGCAGAAGAAGGUGAAAAGCUUGUUUUGAGCCAUGCUGUGCGUCAUCAAGUCGCAGUACCUCCUAAUUAUCCUUAUGUUCCUAUCUCUCAACAUAGACCUCCUGCUGAACCAGCUCGUGUAUACCCCUUCACACUCGAUCCUUUCCAACGUGUAGCUGUAUCAUCAAUCGAACGUAAUGAAUCUGUCUUGGUUGCUGCACAUACUUCUGCUGGUAAAACAGUAGUUGCUGAAUAUGCAAUUGCUCAAUGUUUGAAGAAUAAGCAGCGUGUUAUUUAUACUUCACCCAUUAAGGCAUUGUCUAAUCAGAAAUUUCGUGAAUUUACCGAAGAAUUCCAAGAUGUUGGCUUAAUGACAGGUGAUGUCACUAUUAACCCUCAGGCUUCGUGUCUUGUUAUGACUACAGAAAUUUUAAGAUCAAUGUUAUAUCGUGGUUCAGAAAUUAUUCGUGAAGUUGCUUGGGUUGUUUAUGAUGAAAUUCACUAUAUGAGAGAUUCAGAACGUGGCGUUGUCUGGGAAGAAUCAAUUAUCUUACUUCCUGAUGCAGUCAGAUAUGUUUUCUUGUCAGCCACUAUUCCUAAUGCUAUGGAAUUUGCAGAAUGGAUUUGUAAAAUUCAUCAACAACCAUGCCAUAUUGUUUAUACCGAUUUCCGUCCUACACCACUUCAGCAUUAUUUGUUCCCAGCUGGUGGCGAUGGUAUCCAUUUAGUUGUAGAUGAAAAGAGUCGAUUUAGAGAAGAUAAUUUCCAGCGUGCUAUUGCUGCAUUAAAUGAUAGUAAAGGGGAUGAUCCUAGUGGCUUUCAAGCUCGUGGUAGAGGCAAAAAGGGCUCAACCCACAAAGGUGGUCGAAAUGAUGGACCUUCGGAUAUUUACAGAAUUAUUAAGAUGGUUAUGAUGAAGAAUUAUCACCCAGUUAUUGUUUUCAGUUUCUCCAAAAGAGAAUGUGAAGCUAAUGCUCUUCAAAUGUCAAAAUUAGAUUUUAAUGACGAAAGUGAGCAUGAUAUGGUCAAUCAAGUAUUUACAAAUGCUAUUUCUUCUUUAAAUGAAGAUGAUCGUCAACUUCCACAAAUUCAACAACUUUUACCUUUAUUACGUCGUGGUAUCGGUGUUCAUCAUGGUGGUCUUUUACCGAUUAUGAAGGAAACUAUUGAAGUUCUUUUCCAGGAAGGUUUAUUGAAGGUUUUAUUUGCUACUGAAACUUUCUCAAUUGGUUUAAAUAUGCCAGCCAAAACAGUCGUUUUCACUAGUGUUCGUAAAUUCGAUGGUAAGACAACACGUUGGGUGUCAUCGGGUGAAUAUAUUCAAAUGUCUGGUCGUGCUGGUCGUCGUGGUCUUGAUGAACGUGGUGUAGUUAUUAUGAUGAUUGAUGAAAAGAUGGAGCCUGCAGUAGCUAAGGGAAUGGUUAAGGGUGAAUCUGAUCGUAUGAACUCUGCUUUCCAUUUAAGUUACAAUAUGAUUUUAAAUUUAUUACGUGUAGAAGGCAUUAGUCCUGAAUAUAUGUUAGAAAAAUGUUUCUUUACUUUCCAAAACGACUCAAAUAUUCCUUCUUACGAAAAACAAUUGGCUGAAUUAGAAAGGGAAAAGAAUGAGAUUGUGAUUGAAAAUGAAGAAGAAAUUGCAAGUUAUUAUGAAAUUCGCAAGCAAAUAAACACAUACACUCAGGAUGUUCGAGAAGUUAUGAAUCAUCCUACAUAUGCUCUUCCUUUCUUACAACCUGGUCGUUUAGCACGUAUCAAAUAUGAUGAUAUGGAAUUUGGUUGGGGUGUUGUUCUCAAUCACAGUCAAAUUAGGAACAAAUCAAAAAAUGAUUCUGAUGCUGAACCAACUUAUAUACUUGAUGUACUUUUAUACUGUUCUAAAGAUAGUUCUCUAUCUAAAGAUGCUGCUGGUCAUACUGUAGGCAUCAAACCUGCCCCUGGGGAUAAUGAAGGUACCCUUAUGGCUGUUCCUGUUUCUUUAAAUGCUGUUGAAUGUAUGAGCCAUAUUCGUCUCAACUUGCCUAAAAAUUUACGCAAAAAGGAAUCUCUUACUGCUGUAUAUAAGUCUAUUUUAGAAAUCAAAAAGCGAUUCCCUGAUAAUAUUCCUUUAUUAGAUCCCGUGAAUAAUAUGGGUAUCAAAGAUCCUUCUUUCCAAAAGUUAGUUUCUAAGAUUGUUGUUCUUGAAAAGACGUUACUUGCACAUCCAUUAUCAAAGUCAGAACAGCUGCCUACUUUAUAUGACAAAUAUGCAGCCAAAAUGCAACUUAUAAACAAAAUUAAAGAAUUGAAACGAAAGGUGACGGAUGCUCAAUCUAUUGUGCAGUUGGAAGAAUUAAAGAAUAGAAAGCGUGUUAUGAGAAGACUUGGCUUUACUACAUCUGCUGAUGUUGUUGAAAUGAAAGGCCGUGUUGCUUGUGAAAUUAGUACAGGUGAUGAAUUACUACUAACAGAAAUGAUAUUUCAAGGUGUCUUUAAUGAUCUUACUGUUGAUCAGUCUGUCGCACUUUUAAGUUGCUUUGUAUUUGACGAAAAAGUAGAUGCAAAAGCUAAACUUCAAGAAGAGCUUUCUGCACCACUUCGCCUUAUGCAAGAAACUGCUCGUCGUAUUGUCAAAGUAUCAAAUGAGUGUAAAAUGAAUAUUGAUGAGCAAGCUUAUCUUGAUAAAUUCAAGCCUGAAUUAAUGGAUGUUGUCUUUGCUUGGUGUCAAGGAGCUAAAUUCUAUCAAAUAUGUAAAAUGACAGAAGUGUAUGAGGGUUCACUCAUUCGUGUUUUCAGACGUCUCGAAGAACUUUUAAGGCAAAUGUGUGCUGCAGCAAAAAGUAUUGGUAACUCUGAAUUAGAAAACAAAUUCUCUGAAGGUAUUAAUAGACUUCACAGAGAUAUUAUUUUUGCUGCUUCACUUUAUUUGUAAUAAAAUCACUCAUUCCCUUUAUCCUCCUCAUAAUUAUAUGUAAAUUUUAUUAUUGUUAUUAUUAAUAAACAAGUCAUUUAUAUUAUAUAGUAAA